CAAUUGAAUCCCGUCUCGUUCGUGUAUAAGCCUAUAAACAGGAAUAUCAAUUACCAAACCUUAAUGCAAAAUUGUUCAGUCUACAAAAUGGAGCGGACUUAAACUGGCUUUAAAUGUAGUCAAUGGAUAAAUCAUGCAGUCUGUGGAUUCAAUGAAGACUUUAUUUUUCUGCGUAUUUCUUUUGCUGGCCAUUGUUGUCGUUGAAGUAAACACAUUCGGUUUUUGUUUCGAGGACAGUGAUUGUACAACAAACAACACGUUCUGCGAUGGUGGUGAAUGUAUGUGCAUUGCUGGUCACACACUUUUGAAUGGAGUAGAAUGCUCACCAGUCUUUGGACGAUCUUGUCUUGAUGACCUCAACUGUGAUGACGGAAGAACAAUUUGCAAAGACUCUAAAUGUGUGUGCAACACGUACGAAUGGAAGGAAGAAAACGGCAUUUGUGUAUCGUAUUAUGGCUCCUUCUGUUCAGACUGGUCUGACUGCGGACUCUCAAACAACUAUAUGUGUGAGGAAAACACGUGCAGAUGUGGACCUGAAUAUAAACAUGAUAAUCACACGUGUGAAAAAAUUUUGAAUAGUAACUGUAGAAUUGACAACAGCUCAGAAGACUGCCCUCUUGAACAUGCAGUAUGUAAAAGACAUUACUGGCAUUGGAACGACAUGUAUGGACAAUGUAAAUGUGAAAAUGGGUUUGACGAAAACAAUGGUCUAUGUAUACAGGUUUUAGGUUCCAGUUGUAAAGAUGUAGGUUGCGGAAACACUCUCCAUUAUUCCUACAAAUAUUUAGAUCCCUCCUAUAAGCCAAAUGUACCAAAUCAAAACUACUAUUACUUUUACUGGUAUGAUGAAACAAGGUAUUGGUACGACUGGUACUAUUAUUAUCAUUUACAUCUCACAUGUAACAUUGACAAUAUGUGUGUGUGUGACCACGGUUUCAAGACAGAUGAUUCUGGUGUAUUCUGCGAACCAGUACAUGGAACUCCUUGUGAAAGCACAGAUGACUGCGGUACUUACCACGGAUAUGCAUGUGACACUGACUUAAGGCAGUGUACUUGUGCCGAAAAUUACAUUAGUUACAGUCAGGAGUGGUAUGAACUGGAUGUUGACGAAACCUAUCAGUAUAUCAACAAUUAUAAUUUCGACCAAACGAAUGUAUAUUUGUGUAAACCUGAACUCGGAGAGUCUUGUUCAGUUGUUAAUUGCACUUUUGAAAAUGCUUACUGUAACGAAAACAAUAACUGCACUUGCGAAGAAGGUUACACAGAGGAUAGUGAUGGCACUUGCCAACAAGUUCUUGGAAUGUCGUGCAUACGUGACACGUUUUGUCAGAUAGUUCCAGGUGGAUUUUGUGCAGACGAUAACACGUGUAAAUGCAAGGAGGGCUUCUUUCAGACCGGAUGUCUAUGCCAAACAGUUUUAGGUUCAGUCUGUACUAGCACCAGCGACUGCCAGUUAGAGCACACAGUUUGUAAUGAAGGAUUCUGUGAGUGCGAAUCUUCCUUCGAUACAUAUGGCGAACGUUGUUUGAGUCAAGCCUGUUCUGAGGUUCCUGAGCUACCCGAUAUUCGUAGACGAUCCGUGCUUUACACUCCUACCGAGGGAGAACCGCUAAUUGAUGAUACUCUGCUCAAAGAGGGGUGGUACACAAUUGGAAAACACUCAGUUCACUCGAGUACUGAAUCUCUGGAAUCAGGAAGCUGUGCUACAUUUUAUCCAAUAUAUUUGACAGCCUCAUUGACGACCAGUCAGCAUGAUGCGAUGGCUUCGGGUGAAGAAAUAGCAGUCACAGCCAGUGUUGGAAACCUCGACAUAUAUGGACAUGCCGAACAAAUAGAUUUGAAGUUGCGAAAAUGUGGACAAGAGACCAAUGUUUUUGUACCCAAGCCAUCUACACAUUUUGCUGGGCUUUGUCUUGAUAGUGAACAUAUUCUCAGUAUGACACGGUCAACGGGAAUCAAGGCCACCGUUCUGACAGAUCUGCUGUUUAGUAAUGAGACGAUAGAAGGAACAACAAAACGUAGCCCUUUUCUCGUUUUUACCUGUGUCGCCUCGGAGUUUAUUAUUACUUCUACAUACCAGAGAUACCCGUAUGAAGGGUACAUAAUGGAUGAUGACAUAUAUUUCUAUUACGUGCACUGGUAUAUUGACAAUGUGCACUUUAAAAGCAUUGGACCACUAAGAAGAAAACACUUCAUAGAAGGAUCAUCUAUUUUUGAAAUGGACAUCAUAGAAGCUGGAUACGGAUUGGAUUCGCGGUAA